UCAGUUAGUCGACGACGUUCGCCUUUGUCGUGUGUGCGUCACUUUGGCAAACGGACAAGCAGCGAGCCCCAAAAAAAGCAGACGUAACGGUCGUUUAGCAGCAAAACAGCAAAUAGAAAAGCAGAGAGAAAAAAAAAGAAAGAAAGAAGAAAACUACACACACACACGCGUUUAUAGAAUAGAAAACGGUAACGCGAAUGAGCAGCAAAAAUAUAAUAAGCAAGAAAGUGUUGCCACUCUCAAAGUGUUACUACUUCUCUCAGUGCGUGCGUGCGUGUGUGUGCCGAAUCUGUGUCCGUGUGUGUGCUAGUGUAUGUGUGUGUGUGUGUGCGUGAAAAAAUAAUCAGUAAAAUGUUUAUGCAAAUGCUGCGAGAAUUAUGCGCCAAUUGCGUAAAUGCAUACAAAUUGCAAAUCUAAUUAUAUAAUAAUUAUAAUUAAACGAAGCGUAAAAGCAGCAACAACAAUUUUGGCAAGUGUCUGUCUCUCUCUGCGUGUGUGUUUGUGUGCGUGUUUGUGUGUGCUGCCCAAAAGUAGGCAACACAAAAGCAGCGUAUUUGAAUAGUAUUAGUGUGAGUGCACGUUCGCGUUUGUUUGUGUGAGUGUGUGUGGCGUGUUUUAUUUAUUGGUCAGUUGCAUUGUGUGGGUGCAACGGCAACAUUCACCCGGAAGUGAUUUGUAUAAAGCAAAAGUCGCUGAAAUUUCACACCGCACACACAUUCGACCAGCCAGCUCCCGCUCCCGCGCUCCCUCUUCAGCUCCAGUAGGCAAAGAGGGCGAGCGGAAAUUGUUGCCACUUGGCCGCAACAUUGUUGCUGUUAAGGACACACGUUUAUUGGCGAAGUUAAUGAAUGUUGCAGGCAUUUGCAUGUGCAACAAAUUGCGGCAACGCUGCAGCCUCAACAAUUGCAAUAAAACUUUGAACAAAAGUAAUUAAAAGCGUAGCGAAGUUCAUUUUUCGGGGCGCUAUGCGACAACUCAAUUGCUGAAACAACAGAAGCGGAAGUGGCAGAGUGACAGACAGACAGAGAGAGAGAAGAGCAGGAGACGAGAAGAAGGCAAAGGAGCUGCAGGACCUGCUUGUGUGAAUGGCCAGACGACAGCUGACGCUGCCUGCGAGAAACAGCUAACAGCUGACAGUGCUUAAAGGAGCACCCGAGGACACAAGCCAGCAGCCAGCAGCCACGGCCAUAAAAUGCAAAAGGAGAACAAUGUGACGGCAGAGAACUGCCAAUUCGUUGGCCCCUAUCGCCUCGAAAAAACCCUCGGCAAGGGUCAAACGGGACUUGUCAAGCUGGGCGUGCACUGUGUGAUUGGCAAGAAGGUGGCUAUUAAAAUAAUCAAUCGCGAGAAACUCAGCGAAUCGGUGCUAAUGAAGGUUGAACGUGAAAUUGCCAUCAUGAAACUAAUCGAUCAUCCGCACGUGCUCGGUCUGAGCGAUGUGUAUGAGAAUAAGAAAUAUUUGUAUCUAAUAUUGGAGCACGUAUCUGGCGGUGAACUCUUCGAUUAUCUGGUUAAAAAGGGACGCCUCACGCCCAAGGAGGCGCGCAAGUUCUUCAGGCAAAUCAUCUCAGCGUUGGAUUUCUGUCAUUCACACUCCAUAUGUCAUCGGGACUUGAAGCCCGAGAACUUGCUGCUGGACGAGAAGAAUAAUAUCAAGAUUGCGGACUUUGGAAUGGCCUCAUUGCAGCCAGCGGGCAGCAUGUUGGAGACAUCAUGCGGUUCACCACAUUACGCCUGUCCAGAGGUCAUUCGGGGUGAGAAAUACGAUGGACGGAAGGCGGAUGUGUGGUCAUGUGGUGUCAUACUGUAUGCACUGCUGGUGGGUGCGUUGCCCUUCGACGACGACAACUUGCGACAGCUGUUGGAGAAAGUCAAGCGCGGCGUCUUUCACAUACCGCAUUUUGUGCCGCCCGAUUGCCAGAGUCUGUUGCGUGGCAUGAUUGAAGUGAAUCCGGACAGGCGUCUAACGUUGGCCGAAAUAAAUCGCCAUCCAUGGGUCACGGCUGGAGGCAAAGGUGAAUUGGAGCUGGAGCUGCCCAUGAUGGAGGUGGUGCAAACACAUGUCAUACCCACAGCGAACGCUGUCGAUCCCGAUGUCCUCAAUGCCAUUUGCUCGCUGGGUUGCUUCAAGGAGAAGGACAAGCUCAUCCAGGAGUUGCUGAGUGCCAGUCACAACACCGAAAAGGUCAUUUACUUUCUGCUGCUGGAGCGCAAGCGACGUCGGCCAGCACUGGAGGAUGAUGAGGAGAUUGCACAGAAGUCACGCAGCGAACUGGACGCUGUGGAUCCGCCGCGAAAGCGUCUCGACAAGUGUCGCAUCAAUGGCACCAAUGCGCCCAGCUAUGGCCAGAUCUCCGAGGGUUCACCGCUCACGCCGCGACGACAGGCUUUCAACUUCCGCUCGUACAGCAGCACACGCAACCACCAGCGACGUUCGCCCACAACGGUGUCGUCCUCGGUGCGCAGCUCCUCAUAUCACAGCCCGACGCGCUGCAACUCACCGAUGAGCUCGGCCCAGCAGCAGGCGAACGCCAUAUCGCGACCAUCGUCACCGGCAGCGGGCACUCGUCACUCCACCUAUGGGGAUCGUGAGCGUUCGGGUUCGGUGCAUCAUCCGUCGGUCAGUCGAACGCCAUCGCACAGUUCACAGAAGAGCAUCGAAGGCGACGUUGUGGUUGUCAGAGAGCCACGCUUGGAGCGUCGCGACUCAUCGCGCCAGACGCAGGAUCGAAGUGGUGGCGGCUCCAUGCGCGAUCGGGAUCGGGAUCGUGAUCGUGAUCGUGACCGUAGCGAUCGCAGUGAUCGUGGCGAUUGUGUGGGACCACCGCCUGGCAGUCCUGGUGGCAAUUCGGGCAGCAAUUCAUCGGCUGCGUCGCCAUCGGUGCAUCACCGCGCCAACUCAGGUCCGACAAUUGCCAUUAGUAUGUUCCACGAUCCAGACUCGAAUAGUGUUGUGAAUCCUAAUGGCUCGCCAAUGAUGAAUAAUAGCAAUCCUGGCAUGCCCGGCUCACCAUGCAACACGCCUGGCGGGCAGCUCUGGAAGACGCGACUCACGAACAUCAAGAAUAGCUUUUUGGGCAGUCCACGUUUCCAUCGCAGAAAAAUGCAAGUCUCCGCCGAUGAGGUGCAUUUAACGCCGGAAUCGUCGCCAGAGUUGACCAAACGUUCCUGGUUUGGCAACUUGAUAACCACAGAAAAAGACGAAACCUUUACCAUAUUGGUCAAGGGUAAACCCAUUGCCACAGUCAAAGCGCAUUUGAUACACGCAUUUUUAUCCAUGGCUGAACUAUCGCAUAGUGUAGUUUCACCCACCUCGUUCCGUGUGGAAUACAAACGCAAUGGCAAUGGACCAGUGAUGUUUCAGCGGCAUGUCAAAUUUCAGGUUGACAUCAGCGCCAUUUGCAAACAAGGUGAUAUUGCGGAUAUGCUAUUCGCUCUAACGUUUACACUGCUAUCAGGCAACAUACGCCGUUUUCGCCGUAUUUGCGAGCACAUACAGUCGCAGGUGUGUUCGAAACGUUUUCCGGGUCCCAGCAGUCCACCAACAGUAACCUCAGUUACCCAGGCGGUCUCCGAGAGCUCCUCAUGUGGUUCGGUAUCCAGCGAACGUUUGUCCUAUAAGCGACAGGUGAUUGAGAACGAUUUGGAAAAUGAUUCGAUAUUCUCAUACAAGUCGGGUAAUGGACGUCGCGCAUCAACGACGAACAACAAUAAUGCCAAUCCCGUUGAUAUUCCAGGCAGUCCCAUUGCAGUUCGUUCAAACAGCGAGACAGCUGAACAUGAACGCAACCGUGAACUGCAGAGUGAGCGACAGGCGACAACGAUGUCCGGUAGUGCAAUCGCAUGAGAAUUAUUUCUCUGAUUUAGUUACAUUUUUCCCAAGGAUAUUUGUUUUCUACUAACAAUACAAAAUGCAACCAAAUAUUUCAACUAAGCGAACUCAAAACCAGUAACUGAAGCAGUAUUUCCCCACUUAAAAACCAAAUAAUAAAUAAAAACCAAAAAACCCAAAACAAUAAACGCGAUAAAAAAGCAAUAGUAGUGGAAUUUGCACUAAACAUUAUCAACAGAAUAAAAACAAAACAAAACACAGUUCGUAAUAUAACAAACGUAAUCUAAAACUUUUUGAAAUUUCGAAAGCUGAAUACCGAUUGAAGGAUAACUUUUGCUAGCUGCUGCAGCUUUUCACAUAUUUUGUUAUACUUAUCUAAAUCUAUAUUUCGAUAUUGUUUUUGUGAUCAUUUCUUUGAUAUAGAGUGUUCUUUUGUAUGGACAUUGUUGCCGCCGCGCCUAAAAAGCUUACAAUAUACGACUAAAUAACACCGUGUAAAAAUACAAAAAAAAAAAAACGUUUAAAUGAAAUAAAGAUGACAAACAAUGAUAAAAUAAAGGAAUACUUCAAAAUAAAAGUAAAAUUACGAAAUGAAUUCGUUUUUGCAUAUGCUCUAGCUUAAGCCACCAUGUUAUAUUAGAGUUUUUUCAUAAUCUAGUCUAGGCUUGAUAUUAGCUAUGCAAAUUAAAUGCUACUCAAGUAAACGCCAGCAAUUUGUAUAUUGUGUAAAAAAAAUGAUACAAAUAAAAAUGCACUGAACAUUGACUAAAAAUUCAAAACAUAAAUCCCUAAAAUGCAACUCGUUGCUAGAAAA